AUGCCGUCCGUCCACCUGCUCGACUACGUGGCCGGCAACGUCCGGUCACUCGUCAAUGCCAUCGAGAAAGUCGGCUACAGCGUCGAGUGGAUCCGCUCGCCAGAAGAUGUGCCCAAGGCCGAGAUCCUGAUCAUGCCGGGCGUCGGCCACUUCGGGCACUGCCUCUCCCAGUUCGCCAACGGCGGCUACGUCGAGCCGAUCCGGAAACACGUCGCGGCGGGGAAGCCGUUCAUGGGCAUCUGCGUGGGCUUGCAGGCGCUGCUGGACGGGUCAGAGGAGAGCGCUACGGUUCCCGGGCUGGGUCUGAUCAAGGGCAUGCUGAAGCGCUUCGACGACUCGGACAAGAGCGUGCCGCACAUUGGCUGGAACUCGGCGAACACGUCUUCGCAAGGCGGCGUGACGGGCGAAAGCGUCUACGGCUUGCGCCCGGAUAGCAAGUACUACUACGUGCACUCGUACGCGCUGCCCUACGUCGCGGGCGAGCUCGAGGCGCAGGGCUGGACCGUGGCGACGGCCCGCUACGGCAACGAGGAGUUCGUCGGCGCCCUGGCUAAGGACAACGUGCUGCUCACGCAGUUCCACCCGGAGAAGAGCGGCGCCGCCGGCCUGCGCGUGCUCAAGGCCUUCUGCAGCGGGCAGCGCGUCACUGCUCUCUCCGCCACCCCCUCGGCCGCCGCAUCCCGCGAAGGCCUCACCCGCCGCGUCAUCGCGUGCCUGGACGUGCGCACCAACGACGCCGGCGACCUCGUCGUCACCAAGGGCGACCAGUACGACGUGCGCGAGAAGGACGCGGCGGGCGGCGAGGUGCGCAACCUAGGCAAGCCGGUCGAGAUGGCGCGCAAGUACUACGAGCAGGGCGCCGACGAGGUGACGUUCCUGAACAUCACGUCGUUCCGCAACUGCCCCGUCGCGGACCUGCCCAUGCUCGAGAUCCUGCGCCGCGCCUCCGAGACCGUCUUCGUGCCGCUGACCAUCGGCGGCGGCAUCCGCGACACCGUCGACACCGACGGCACGAAGUUCUCGGCCCUCGACGUCGCGGCGCUGUACUUCAAGUCCGGCGCCGACAAGGUCAGCAUCGGAUCGGAUGCGGUUACGGCGGCAGAGGAGUACUACGCCCGCGGCAAGACGCUGGCCGGCACCACGGCCAUCGAGACGAUUUCGGCGGCCUACGGCGUGCAGGCCGUCGUCGUCAGCGUCGACCCCAAGCGCGUCUACGUCGCAUCCCCGCAGGACACGCCGCACCAUACCAUCAAGACGGCCUUCCCCGGCCCGAAGGGAGAAGAGUACUGCUGGUACCAGUGCACGGUCAAGGGCGGCCGCGAGGCGCGCGACUUCGACGUGCGCCAGCUCGUCCAGGCCGUCGAGGCCAUGGGCGCCGGCGAGAUUCUGCUCAACUGCAUCGACAAGGACGGCUCCAACAGCGGCUUCGAUCUGGAACUGAUCAACGACGUGAAAGCGGCCGUCAAGAUUCCGGUCAUCGCGAGCAGUGGUGCCGGUAACCCUGCGCACUUUGCGGAGGUGUUUGAGAAGACGCCGACGGAUGCGGCGUUGGGGGCUGGGAUGUUCCACCGCGGCGAGUACACUGUGAAGCAGGUUAAGGACCACCUGCAGAAGGAGGGUCUGCUUGUCAGGCAGUUCGAGGAUGAGAUAUAG